AAGCGGAAACGCGCGGCCUCUUUUCCUCCUGUGUUCGGAGCGCGGCGGCGCACGUGCGAGCGAAACCAUAAUAAUCGCUCAAAAUGCGCAUCGAGAAGUGUUACUUCUGCUCGGCUCCGGUUUACCCGGGACACGGGAUGAUGUUCGUGCGGAACGACUGUAAGGUAUUCAGGUUCUGUCGGUCCAAAUGCCACAAAAACUUCAAGAAGAAGCGAAACCCCAGAAAGACCAGAUGGACCAAAGCGUUCAGGAAGUCAGUGGGCAAAGAGCUGACGGUGGAUAACUCACUGGAGUUUGAGAAGCGCAGAAAUAUUCCUGUCAAAUACAACAGAGAGCUCUGGAGCAAGACCGUGGAGGCCAUGAAGAAGGUAGAAUCGAUCAAAAACAAGCGUCAGGCGCGCUUCAUCAUGAACAGGUUGAAGAAGGGCAAAGAGCUGGAGAAGGCGGCAGAUAUCAGCGAAGUCAAGAAGAACAUCCACCUGAUCAGAGCUCCACACGCAGGUCAAGCCAAACGGCUGGAGGACAAGAUGGUCCAGAAGCUGGCGGAGGACGUGGAGAUGGCCGAGUGAAGCCUGGAAAGCGCUUCUCAUUGGGACGUUCACAGUGUUUGUGCUUUAAAAUGUUAAGAACCGAAGAAGGGUCCGCUCGUCAGAACCCAGCGAGUCGAGAACCCCAGCAGAACCUUCUCCAGGAUCAAUCCCUUUCCUCCUCCUUCCUCUGUUCUUUGGGGUUAAGUGUUAAUAUAAAGUGUCCUGCUCAUUAUCUUCAUGGACUUCAUGGACCGUGUGCAAAAUAUCAUUCUAAUAAAAACUGCAAAUACGUUUUGAAAAUGUAAUAUUUCAUAAUUCUUAAAGCCCAGCCGCCGCCGAUAUGAAGAUAUAUGCUCCAAAAUAUGAAAACUAUCCAUAAUUUUGUCUUAAACCAUAAUUGGGCUUAAAACGUUUAAUGAUAUCAAUUAAAACAAAAACCAAACAAUA